AUGGAAGGAGCUUUGAGUAGUUCUACUACUUACAAGGAGAAAGAAAAUCAAGAGAAUGUUGAAGACCAUGAGAUCCUCAAAAACAGAAUCUCUACCCAUCCCUUAUAUGGGCUGUUGGUUGAAGCUCACUUGGAUUGUUUGAAGGUCGGUGGAAUUAGUGGUGACCUAGACCUAGAGGGAGAUGUUAGCAGAGAUAUGAAGCAGCUUGACAACAAGUACAAGGCCAGUGAAAAUCGACAAUCUGACCUCGAUCAUUUCAUGGAAGCAUAUUGCUUGGCACUCGGGAAGCUGAAAGAAGCAAUGGAGGAACCGCAGCAAACGUCGAUGGCCUUCAUAAGUAACAUGCACCUGCAACUCAAGGAGCUAACAGGAUCUCAUCAACCUGAACCGGCCACCUCACUUUCCGGUGAAAGCUACAAUUGA